UGCGCGUCGGGGCAACGGGGUGGGCGGAGCUGCGCGGAGGAGCAGGAUGUUGGUGUUAGUAUUAGGGGACCUUCACAUCCCACACCGGUGCAGCGGUCUACCGGUGAAGUUCAAGAAGUUGCUGGUUCCAGGAAAGAUUCAGCACAUCUUGUGUACAGGAAACCUCUGCACCAAGGAGAGCUAUGACUACCUCAGGACUCUGGCUGGGGACAUCCAUGUUGUUAGGGGGGACUCAGAGAGCCUGAAUUAUCCUGAGGAGAAGGUUGUAACUGUUGGGCAGUUCAGAAUCGGGCUGAUUCACGGCCAUCAAGUUAUUCCCUGGGGUGAUGUGGCCAGCCUGGCACUGCUGCAGAGGCAACUGGAUGUGGACAUUCUCAUCUCAGGACACACACACAGGUUUGAAGCAUUUGAACAUGAAAACAAAUUCUACAUCAACCCAGGAUCAGCUACAGGAGCCUACAGUGCUUUGGAAACGAACAUCAUCCCAUCAUUUGUACUGAUGGAUAUCCAGGCGUCCACAGUUGUGACUUACGUAUACCAGCUAAUUGAGGAUGAUGUGAAAGUAGAAAGAAUUGAGUUCAAGAAGUACUGAAUCAUGUUCAAACCUGCGUGUUGACUUCUCACCGCCUUUCUUCCUGCUCUUCCCAGCUCGGUCGAAGUGGAGGCAGGCCACGGGGGGGUGCUGCUGCUGCGGCGUGUGACCGUGGAGCGACCACAACGCUUGGUUGCUUGUGAGCUUGUAAAAAAACCUGUCAGUCCUGGUUCCCAACCAGAACUUGAAGCGGAUGAAACUGCUGACUAACAGAAAGAGGCCUGUGGAAAAUAUCCUGUGUUUAAGGAGGAGAUGUUGUGUUCCUGGCCUAAGGGAGUCUCAGAGGGUCACGGUAGCUCAACAUUGAACCUCUUCUGUUAAGAUGAACAUAGAAUAAUAAAUCCCUGUCU